AUGAAAUCCUGGAAAGAGAAAUCUGUUUUAUAUGGUGUGAUCUUGUUCUGCUUCUGCACCUCUGUGUCUGCAUUGUUAUCAUCAAUGGGUGUCAAUUUUGAAGUGCAAGCUUUAAUGGGCAUUAAGAAUUUCCUGGUGGAUCCUCUUGGGGUUCUUGACCAUUGGGAUGAAGAAGCCCUUGAUCCAUGCGGUUGGAGUUAUAUCACUUGCAGUCCUGAUGGUCUAGUCGUUGGGCUAGGAGCUCCAAGCCAGAAUUUGUCUGGUACUCUUGCACCUACCAUUGGAAACUUGACAAAUCUCCAGUACGUGCUCCUACAUGAUAACAAUAUAUCAGGACAUAUACCCUCUGAAUUAGGGAAGCUUCCCAAGCUUAACACACUUGAUCUUUCUAACAACUCCUUCUCUGGUCAAAUUCCCAGCAGUCUGUCCCAAGUAAAAAGCCUCCAAUACCUUUUGAAUCUAAUAAUGGAUUUUCUUGGUUACCAAUAUGUGGGAUCUGUUAAAUUUUCCAGGGACUUGUCUUUCAAUAAUUUGAGUGGUCCUAUGCCGGGGUUCUAUGCAAAAACAUUCUACACUGUCGGAAACCCAUUGAUCUGUGCCACAGGGAGUGAGCAAGACUGUUCCGGACCAAGACCAAGACCGAUGCCAAUUUCUUUUUCCUUGAAUAAUUCACAAAACUCACAACCUUCUGGAAAACCCAAAAGCCACGCAAUUGCUUUAGCAUUUGGCUCCGGCCUAAGCUACACCUUCCUACUAGUUUUGGUGUUUAUUUUCCUUUUUCUGAGACGGCUGAGACACAAGCAGCAAAUAUUCUUCAAUGCCAAUGCCACAAACGAGGAAGAAGAAUCCAUUGGGAACUUGAAGAGGCUCCCUUUCCAAGAUCUUGUGAUUGCCACAAACAACUUCAGCAGCAAAAACAUACUGGGCAGGGGUGGAUUUGGGAAUGUCUACAAAGGACGUCUUAAAGAUGGGACAGUUGUAGCAGUUAAAAGGCUCAUAGAUGGAAAUGCUGCUGGAUGGGAAACCCAGUUUCAAGCUGAAGUAAAGAUUAUCAGUUUAGCAGUGCACAGGAACCUUCUACAACUCUAUGGAUUUUGUAUGACAGCAACAGAGAGGCUCUUAGUUUAUCCCUUUAUGUCUAAUGGGAGUGUUGCUUCCCGUCUCAAAGGCAAACCAGCCCUGGAUUGGAGGACAAGAAAAAGAAUUGCCCUUGGCACAGCGAGGGGACUAUUAUACCUUCACGAGCAGUGUGACCCUAAGAUCAUUCACAGGGACGUUAAGGCUGCAAACGUGCUGCUUGAUGAUCAGUUCGAGGCUGUUGUGGGGGAUUUUGGUCUAGUUAAGCUGAUGGAACACCAGGAUUCUCAUGUGACAACGGCUGUGAGGGGAACUAUAGGGUACAUUGCUCCAGAAUAUUUGUCAACUGGUCAGGCCUCUGAUAGAACUGAUGUAUUCGCUUUCCGAGUUCUUUUACUUGAAUUAAUGACAGGCCAAAGACCUUCACAGUUUGGGGAAAUGGAUAUUGAGGAAAGGGCAAUGAUUGAUUGGGUGAACAAAAUUUACAAGGAAAAAAGGUUUGAUGAGCUAAUAGACAAGGGCUUGGAAAACAACUACGAUCAGAUUGACCUUGAGAGAAUGAUUGAGCUGUCGCUUUCUUGUACCCAACACCAUCCAAAUCAUAGACCAAAGAUGUCUGAAGUGCUUCAAAUUCUUGAAGGAAACAUAUUAGCAGAUACAGAAAAAGAUUCUCAAACGGUUGAAGAAGAAUGUUGCUGAGCUGGGGAGUUUUCCUCAUCGGGAUAGUCUCUUCGGAUACUCUCUGGUAGUAAAAUCUUCCAUAAAAAGCUAACUUGGGAAUGGAAAACAGUGUACUAUAUAGGGAAAAUGUAAGGAGGUUUCUCCUCAUCAGGAUCCAGUUAUGUGAUUUCAGCUUCGGGGCUGAAUAACAAUUUUCUUCACUGUCAAUGAUC